AUGGAGGUUGUAGAAGCAGGCCACGAAACAUGUCACUCUAUCUCUGCAUUUGUUCGUAUGUUGAUUGAGGAGCUAGAUUCCGAUAAGGAUUUGGUAUCCUUCUUUAAAGGCAAAGAACCAAUUGUUGAGGGCCUUGAGAAGUUAAAAGAAGCGUUAAUAGCUACUCUACUCCUCAAUGAAUUUGACAAGGACCAAAUUGAAGAUAAGAAUAAGAUGAAGUGUCUUGAUGAGUUCAAAGAAGCUGUCUAUGAUGCUGAUGACUUGGUUUACAAGAUUAACACCCAAGCUAAUUUAUUGUUAUUGCAAAAGAAGGAACUCGAAGAAAACUCCCUAAUCAGCACCAUCAUCAAAAAUAAGGUACUUAAGAAGCUCACCCCAACUAAAUUUACUACUGCAUUUAAUAAAGCAAUAGUAGAUGACAUAGAUGAGAUCAUUGAAAGAUUGAAAAAACCUUUGUUAAUGAUAUCAAAUCGAAGAAAUUCUUGUUGCAAUUAUGUUGGAACGAAUUUUGGAGAGGAAUCACUAGUUCAUGUACAAGAAUCUGUUAUUUAUGGAAGGAAGGAAGAUAAAAAAGCCAUUUGUAAUCAGUUGCUACAGUCUGAUCAUGAUGAAAAAUUAUCUGUGAUCCCCAUUGUUGGGAAAAGUGGUAUAGGAAAGACUACUCUUGCUGAUCUUGUGUAUAAUGAUGAGAGAGUCAAUGAAAGGUUUGAUGUCAAAGCCUGGAUUGUUAUGGGAGAAAAUAAAAGUAUUGAUGCUGAGACUGUGAUGAAGACAAUCAUUCAGAAGCUCAUCACUUCUGAAAAAUGUCAAUGUGAGAAGCAAUAUGAGGUUCAAAACAAGCUGAAGAAGGUUUUGAGUACGAAGAAGUUUCUGUUGGUUAUUGAUGGCUUUGCAAUGAAUAAGGGUGAUGACAUGUGGAAAAUCUUAAAAAGUUGUUUCGAAUCGGGAUUGCAAGGAAGCAAGAUUAUUGUGACAACACGCGACAACGAUGUUGCAUUCCUUACAAAAUCUACUAAAUCAGUAGUUCAUAAUCUCAAAGGUAUAUCCUAUGAAGAUGGCAAGAGAUUAUUUGCAACACAUUCUUGCAUUAAUGAUGCAGCAAUCCUAACUGGCCAUGGCGAAAACAUUGUUCAGAAGUGUGAAGGUCAUCCUUUAGCGAUUAAGUCACUUGCUUGCCUAUUAUGUGGAGAAGAAAAUGAAAAUAUAUGGCGUAGCAUACAUGACAAUAGUAUAUGGGAGCUGUCUAGACAUGGUGGUGGUACUAUUAGUGUAGUUCAUCCAGCUUUGUGGCUAUGCUAUUACUAUUUGCCUUCACACUUAAAGCUAUGCUUUGCUUACUUUGCUUUGUUUCCAAAAGGUUUUGAGUGUGAAAAGCAAAGGAUUAUCUCACUAUGGAUGGCAGAAGGUCUUUUACCAUCGAAUAAUGAAGAAAAGAGAAUGGAAGAUUUUGGAGAGGAGUACUUGAAUGAUUUAAUAGCAAAGUCUUUUCUUCAACCAACAAGUAAGAAUGAUAAUGGAUUGGCUUUUUUCACACUGCAUGAUUUAAUGCAUGAUUUAGCUAGUUUUGUAUGUGGUGAGUUCUGUUUCAGCAUGGAUGACCCCAACUUAUUUGAUGGUCCAAGAAAGAUUCGUCAUUUGUCAUAUAGUAAAGGAUGUCAGGAUGAUUGGAAUUUCGCUGGUUUAUCAAAAAUUAAGGGUUUGCGUACUCUUUUGGCAUUUCCAAUAUCAUCAAAUUCUCAUGUAACAAGGUCCUAUUCUAAUAAUAAUAAGAAGAAGACUUUGAUGCCAGUGGAUUACUUGAUUAGCUCAUUGCCAAGUCCCGGAACCUACUUGAGAGUGUUGUCUCUUUCUGAAUAUUACAUAACCAAGUUGCCUGAUUCAAUGGGUGAUUUGAAGUAUUUAAGGUACUUGGACUUAUCACAUACUGAAAUUGAAGUGUUGCCAGAUACAGUCUGCAAUUUGUAUAAUUUGCAGACCCUAUUGCUGGAUGGUUGCACUAGACUUACUACAUUGCCAAUGAGGAUAGACAAAUUAGCCAAACUGAGACAUCUCCACACUCCUCCUUACUUACAAGAGAUGCCACUGCAACUCGGUGAGAUGACAACUCUACAGACUUUAAGCGAAUUCGUUGUGGGAAAAAACGCCGAAUCUGGUGUUAAACUGCUGGAAAAGCUUCGAGAUCUACAUGGGACUCUUGUAAUUUCGAGACUGGAAAAUGUUAAAGUUGAGGAUGUGAUGAAGGCUAAGAUAGAGGAAAAGAAGUUUGUUAGUGAGCUGGUAUUGAAAUGGGGUUUUGGUCACGCGGCUGAUGAUGAGGACUCACAACAGAAAACAAAAGAAAAACAAGUAUUUGAAGCCCUCAAACCCCACACAGAGCAGCUGAAGAAACUCACUAUCUUUCAUUACAAAGGUACCACUUUUCCAAGCUGGGUUGGAGAUAAAUUGUUCCGUAAACUAUCAAAGAUUGAACUAUAUGGUUGUGAAAAAUGUAUCUCAUUGCCUCCGCUGGGGCAGCUACCCUCCCUCCAACACCUUUUGAUCCAUGGUUUCCAUAGCUUGGAGAGAAUAAAUCCAGAGUUUUUUGCAAGGGGAGAAGAAGAAGAAGAGCCAUUCAAAUGUUUGAAGACCUUGCUUAUUAAACAAAUGGCGAAUCUUAAAGAGUGUUUGUUCAUUAAAGGCAUAUUAGAAGGAAAAGUUUUUCCACAACUAGAGGAGCUUGAGUUGAGACACUGCCCAAAACUAGAAGUGUCAUUACCUGAUGAUCUUCCUCAGAUUGAAGAGGAUUGUAUUUUACCAAAAUGGUUUACGAAUAAUUAUAUGAUAAAAGUAUCUAUAGAGAGAGUUGUACGCUAA